AUGUGUCUCCGGUGGUUCGUGGUGUUGUGGCUGGUGUCGUGCGCGACUCUGGCGUCUCACCAACAGCACCAGCAGCAGCAGGAGCACCAACAGCAACAUCAUCAUCAGCAGCAACAGCAGCAGCAACAGGAGCACCAAGAGCAACAUCAUCAUCAGCCGCAGCAGCUGUCGCCGCGGCGCCGCCACCAGCGUCACGAGCUGGACCGGCCGCACCAGUGGGCGACGCGUCCCUUCCGGUCGCUAGUGGAGGGCGCGGCGGUGGCGGCGGGGGCGGCCGGGGCGCCGCACGCUGGCGACAUCCCGUGGCCGGUGAAACGCGAGGCCGUCGUGGAAGGAGACCUCAUCCUGGGCGGGCUGAUGAUGGUGCAUGAGCGCGAGGAGUCGGUGACGUGCGGCCCGGUGAUGCCGCAGGGCGGCGUGCAGGCGCUCGAGGCCAUGCUCUUCACGCUGGACGUCCUCAACGCGGAGCCGGCGCUCAUCCCCAACGUGACGCUGGGUGCGCACAUCCUCGACGACUGCGACAAGGACACCUACGGGCUGGAGAUGGCCGUCGACUUCAUCAAAGCGCACAGGAGAGGCGCAUCGCAAACUCUUGCAAAGAGGACAGCUGGCAUAAUAGCAACGUACAUUCCCAGCUCCAUACAAGACACAGCGCAGCCAGUUACUUUGUUAGUUUUCGCCGCUCCAUAUGCUCGUUGCAAACAUUGCACGGCGGAGAGUCGCAACAGCAUUGGAAAUGGCUUCAAGCAAGAGCUUGCUGUGUGGCUUCUUCCCGAGGCCUUGGGCGUGUUCCGUGGUAGAAGUGGGCGUGUCCCGAAUGCCGUCUUCGGGAGCGGGGGCGUCCGCUGGUGGAGCGUCCACGCCGCCGGCAGGGUCGGGGGCGUGGUCGUGGUCCGACUGGGCGGCGGGCGUGUUGCGUCCUCCGCUUCGCCCGGGGUCCCUGGCUGCACGCGCGUGGACGCGUCCAGGGCCAGCGGCGUGGGCUGGGCGCUGGUGGGCGUGGCGGGCGCGGAGGCCGGCUCCACCAAGGGCUGGUCGCUGGCGGCGGAGGCCGGGGUGAGCUGCGGCUCCGUCGCGGGCGUGUUGGUCGGGGCUGCGGGCGUGGAGGCCAGCUCCACGGUGGGGGUGUCGGUGGUCGCGGAGGCGGGCGUAGAGGGCGGGUCGGGCGUGUGCGUGGAGGGGACGGAGGCGUCGGGCGAGCGCGGGGAGGCCGCGUCGCUAGACGGAGACGCCACGUCGCUGGACGAUCGCUCCCGCUCCUCGUUCAGCCGCUCUUCCUCCAGAAGCUUCGCGUUCUGUGUUCCUGCGGACAAAAUGCGCACUCGCAUUAACACACUAUACCAGCUGAGCGACGUGUUGGUAGGAGGCAAGUGUGAGGCAGGAAGUGCAUUGCCGUCGGUAUUCGCUCUUGCUGGAGGCGCUCCGCUUGCUGUAGCAACAGGGACGCGAGCCUCUUCAGGAUCAGGUUCGGGGAAGGGGCCAGGAAAGGGAUCAGGGGCGGGAUCAGGCAGAGGCGGGGUAACGGGAGGGGGAGCUGGUGUGGUGGAGGAGGAAGAUGCGGAUAAAAGAAUUUAUGAACAAGGAAAUCUAUUGUGCGUUGACGUUGGCGGAGCAGUAGUUGGCCGCGAAGGAGACGUCGCGCAGCAGCGCGUGGGUGUCCCGCAGGGCUCCGCGCGCCGCCGUGGCGGCCACGUGCGCGGGCGGGCAGCAGGCGGCGCGGGGCGCGCUGCACAGGCAGAGCUCGGCCAGGCCGCACGCGGCCAUAGCGGGCGCGCCCACGGCGGCGGCGGGCACGUCGCACAGGCAGAGGCGCGCGCCACGGCACACGGCCCGGGCGCUGAAAAGGCACGCGCCGGCCGGGAGCACGCACGCGCACAGGGCUACGUCGCGACAGGUCUAGAAAGAAAAAAAAAGCCAAAUAACGAUAGAACGGGCGUGGCCAGCGCCCCGCGCAGCGGCCCCAUCGCCAGGCGCGCCGGCGCCGCCGCCACCAGCGCGGCCACCUCGGCCGCCGUCAGCGCGCAUGCGACGCUCGCGUGCGACUCCUUGGCGCGCGCGUACAGCGCCGCGGCGGAGCGCACGGGCGGCAGCGCCAGCACGCGCCGCGGGAACUCCAGCGGCCGCCGGCACGAGCACGACGGCCCGCAGCGGCACGACGUGCACGGCUCGGGUGCAGAGGGCUCGCCGGUCGCAGCGGCCGCUUGGGCCCCGGAGGGCACUGAAUAUCUAAAAUUAAAUUCAAAAUGUCAACUAAAAAAAUGUGAUGGAAACACCUUGCAUCUCAUGCAGCUUGAAAAUAACUAGAAUGAAUUGCUAUAAAAAGAUGAAUUGAUAUAAAAAAAUUCUUCUGUGGAACAUUCUGAAAAUAAAUGAUAAAUUUGCAAAUGUUCAUUGUUGUUAAUAUAUGAAAACAUUGCCUAUAAUAAAUUAUUUUUCAAAAGAAAUUUUACAUAAAUGUUCUGGGCAGUAAAUAAGGUUUUUCUGAAAUAGGGAUGUAAAAACAUGUUAAUAUUUUCCAGUUUGUAAAAU